UUUCCUUUUGUUGGAUUUACGGUCAUCAUGGCACCAUAUAAGGCCUUUCAGCUCUCUUUCAACCCCCCAACAGCUCCACAGUCAAAACAAAAAUAUGGGGAGGUUCUUUUUCUUCUUCCUUCUAUCUCUUCUAGUAAUCUUACCCACUGCCAUACCUCAAACUCAUAGCAAGCCAGUCAUGGCUCUACCUCUAUACACCAAUUCUAGGUGGAUUGUGGACGAAGGAGGGCAACGAGUGAAGCUAGCAUGCGUGAAUUGGGUGUCACAUCUGGAACCCAUGGUGACUGAUGGCCUUAGCAAGCAGCCCAUGGAUGCAAUCUCCAAGAAGAUUGCUUCCAUGGGAUUCAACUGUGUUAGACUCACUUGGCCUCUUUUCUCGGUCACCAAUGACUCACUGGCUUCUCUCACUGUAAGACAGUCCUGUCAAAGUCUUGGGCUGUCUGAAUCCAUUGCCGGAAUCCAAGCCAACAACCCUUCCAUCAUAGAUCUUCCCCUCAUAAAAGCUUACCAGGCUGUUGUAUCUAGCCUAGGGGCUAACAAUGUGAAGGUCAUAUUGGAAAAUAACAUCAGCAAGCCCGGUGAUCAGUAUUUCAGUGCAGAUCUCUGGAUUAAGGGACUAAGUAGGAUGGCCACCAUCUUUAAUGGUGUCUCCAAUGUGGUUGGCAUGAGCUUGAGGAAUGAGCUCCAAGGCCCCAGACAAAACGUAAAUGAUUGGUACAGGCACAUGCAAAAAGGAGCUGAAGCAGUGCAUUUAGCAAAUCCAGACAUUCUUGUCAUUCUCUCUGGCUUGAGUUAUGACAAAGACUUGUCAUUUUUCCGUAAUCAACAAGUAAACCUCACAUUCACUAGAAAGCUAGUAUAUGAGGUGAACUGGAAUGGGUUCUCAGAUGGAAAGGCAUGGAAAUCUGGCAACCCAAAUCAAGUAUGUGGGAGAGAGGCGGAUAAUUUUAUGAGAAUCUCGGGAUUUUUGUUGGACCAAGGUUGGCCAUUGUUAGUGAGCGAGUUUGAAAUGGACCAAAGAGGAACCAAUAAUGUGAAUGACAUCAGUUAUAUGAAUUGCUUCUUGGCUAUUGCAGCUGAACUUGACCUGGAUUGGAGUUUUUAUUUGAGAGAUGGGGUAAUUGGGUUAAAUGAGUACCAUGGACUGCUUAACAUGAAUUGGACUGAGACCCGAAAUUUAACCUUCUUGCAAAGGAUCUCUUCUCUCCAAUCUCCUUUUCGAGGACCAGGACUAUCAGAAGCCAAUCUACACAAGGUGAUUUUCCAUCCAUCAACUGGUCUCUGUGUCCUAAGAAAAUCAUUAACUGAACCAUUGAGAUUGGGUGCUUGCACUGAGUCUGAAGCCUGGAGCUACACACCCCAGAAAACUUUAACGUUAAAGGGAACAUAUUUCUGCUUGCAAGCAAUUGAAUUGGGAAAGCCAGCAAAGCUUGGUAUAAUUUGCACAGGCUCUAAUUCAAAAUGGCAAACCAUCUCAGAUUCUAAAAUGUAUCUCUCAUCAAAGGUUAACGAUGGUUCUACUGCUUGCCUAGAUGUAGACUCCGACAAUAGCAUUGUCACAAAUUCAUGCAAAUGCUUGAGCAGAGAUGACACGUGUGACCCAGGGAGCCAAUGGUUCAAGCUUGUUGACAGCACAAGAAGUUCAAGUUCCGCAAAAACAUUCAAUUAGACUUGAUCUCGGCUUUGACUGUUAAGGAUUUCGUAUGGAAGUUUUUGAGAUCAACAUUAGAGCAACAAGCAAGGGAAGGGAUUCGCUAUUUAUAUUAAAAAAAAAAAAAAAAAAUAGGAUUGAAAUUGUGGAGUUUCUCAAUUCUGAGCAUGCUCACAAAUAUUAGUCCACAGGAAAUUGCAUAUAAAUAAAUUUCAACGGUUGUUAUUUGAUUAAAGAAGCUCAGGUUAGUAUACUGGAGCUGAUUGCCUGUGUAAAUUCUUCAAAUUAAUUAUUGGGAUUAUAUGCUGUGCAAUUAUCAACUAAA